AUGACAAGAAAUGAAAAUUCACACUUGCCAAAUAUGGGUGAUAAUGAUAGUUAUAUGGUAGAUACGAAUUCUGAUAAUUUCCAAAAUAUGAUUGACUUAGAAUUAAGAGAACAAGGUAGUGAAUUAAGAAAUCUAAGAGAACGUGUACAGCAAGCAAG